AGAAAACACACCGCGACGACGGAGAAACAUGCGAUUUGACAGAGAUUUACUCUUUACACUUGUGCCUUCUUCGCCACCAACACCUUCAGGGAGUUCACAUGUUCCUGCGUGUCGACGACGAGGCGAUGUUUAGUAGACGCAGACUCACACCGGCGGAGUUUGGGUUGGUUGGACGUGUGUUGUGUUUUCUAGCUUUUGUUGUUGUGUGCAUGAGGAGAUUUUGAAGCAGGAGAGAAACAGCCACCAGUCUGCAGUCAUCCUCUUCCUCCUGCUGCUGUGUGUGUUUCGGGGUAAAGUAAAAAAAAGGGGUGCCAGGAUGCAGGUGAAGAAGCAGCGGGACUCGGAGCAGAGUGGUGGAGACAUGCUGGAGGGAGACGUCCUCCUGCGGAAAAACUCCUCGUGCUUCUCCAAUAUCAAGAUAUUCCUGAUCUCGGAGUGCGCCCUCAUGCUGGCUCAGGGCACCGUGGGAGCAUACCUGGUGAGCGUGCUGACCACCCUGGAGCGGCGGUUCAACCUGCAAAGUGCUGACGUGGGAGUGAUCGCCAGCAGCUUCGAGAUAGGCAACCUGGCUCUGAUUCUGUUUGUCAGCUACUUUGGGGCUAAAGCACAUCGGCCCCGUCUGAUCGGCUGCGGGGGCAUUGUCAUGGCGCUCGGCGCCCUCCUCUCUGCUCUACCUGAGUUUCUAACUAAUCCGUACGAGAUAAGGGUUAUGUCGAGGACUGUUGAGGGUCGGGACAUUUGCUCCAACACCAGCAGCGCGGACGUUCAGAAGGGUGAGGACGUCCUGUGCGAUAACAGGGCCAACACCAACAUGAUGUACCUGCUGCUGAUCGGAGCCCAGGUCCUGCUGGGGAUCGGAGCCACGCCGGUGCAGCCCCUGGGGGUGUCCUACAUCGACGAUCAUGUGAAGAAGAAAGACUCGUCACUCUAUAUAGGAAUCCUCUUCUCUACUCUGGUGUUCGGGCCCGCCUGUGGCUUCAUCCUCGGCUCCGUCUGCACUAAGUUCUACGUGGAUGCUAUCUUCAUCGACACCGAGAAGCUGGGCAUCACACCAGACGACCCGCGGUGGAUCGGGGCCUGGUGGGCAGGCUUCCUCCUGUGCGGUGCUUUACUCUUCUGCUCAGCUCUCUUCAUGUUUGGUUUCCCUCAGUCGCUGCCGACCAAGGAGAAAGAGGAGGGGGCAGACAGCGAGCAGGUUAUGCUUCCUCCCUCUCUGAGUGCAGACUAUGACACUCCAAAGCCCAGCAACGGGGUUGUACGCAACCACGAGCCUGCCAACAGCCCCACCUGCUGUCAGCAACUCAGGGUGAUCCCGAAGGUGACCAAGCACCUCCUGUCCAACCCAGUGUUCACCUGCAUCGUCCUGGCGGCCUGUAUGGAGAUCGCCGUCGUGGCUGGCUUCGCAGCCUUUCUGGGGAAAUACCUCGAGCAGCAGUUCAACCUCACCACCACCUCAGCCAACCAGCUGUUAGGUAUGACAGCCAUUCCUUGUGCGUGUCUGGGGAUCUUCAUGGGCGGUCUGCUGGUGAAGAAGCUGAACCUGUCGGCGCUGGGAGCCAUCCGCAUGGCCAUGCUGGUCAACCUGAUCUCCACCGCCUGCUACGUCUCAUUCCUGUUCCUGGGCUGCGACACCGGCCCCGUCGCGGGAGUGACGGUCUCAUACGGCAACGAGACUCUGCGGCCGGGCGAGAAACCAGCAGCUCAGUGCAUCAGUCAGUGCAACUGCUUCACCUCCACCAUCAGCCCCGUGUGCGGCUCCAAUGGUGUCACCUACCUGUCCGCCUGCUUGGCCGGCUGCACCCGGAAAGGAGGCCCUCAGACCUCGUCAAACAUCUCUCAGAAUCUGACGGGAUGCGGUUGUGUGUCUUCUGUGAGUGAACACGCCACAGCAACUCCGGGGAAAUGUCCGACGCCGGGCUGCCAGGAGGCUUUCCUCAUCUUCCUGUGUGUGAUCUGUGCCUGCAGCCUGGUCGGAGCCAUGGCCCAGACGCCCUCUGUUAUCAUCCUGAUCAGGACUGUGAGCCCUGAGCUGAAAUCGUACGCACUUGGAGUGUUGUUUCUUUUGCUGCGACUCCUCGGCUUCAUCCCCCCUCCUCUGAUCUUUGGUGCUGGGAUCGACUCUACCUGCCUGUUCUGGAGCUCCGACUGCGGCGAUAGAGGCGCCUGCCUGCUGUACGACAACGUGGCUUACAGGCAUCUGUACGUGAGCCUCGCCAUCGUCCUCAAAGGCAUCGCCUUCCUCCUCUACGCCACCACGUGGUAUUGCUUACGCAGGAACUACAAGAAGUACAUCAAAAGCCACGAGGGCUACAUGACGCCGACGGACUUCUACCCCUCUCUCACGGAAGGCCCCAAACUAGUGGACAGGACAAAGUUUAUAUAUAACCUAGAGGACCAUGAGUAUUGUGAGAAUAUGGAGUCAGUUUUAUAGGUUGUUAUGCAAAAAAAAAAAAGACAAUGUGGACAUUCUUAUUCUCUCAGAGGAAUAUUUUAUUCUUCUUUUCUUGAAACGUUUUUUGAUAAAAGGCAAUCUAUUUAAGGUCACAGGUGACGUUGCUCCCGACUGCGCUCCGCGUCCUCCGUAAACUUUCAAGGGGUCCAUUUUAGUCGUUUACGUGUCAGCGAGGUGUCGUCCAGUGUUGCCGGUGAAUUCCUGUGUUGACUCGGUGGUAGAAGACAGACUACAGUCCUAGUUGAUUAUUAGAGAGUUGGACAUGAUGCUAUUACACAACUAGUUGCCAUAUUGUUUUUAGGUCUGUCAUGAUUCCAGUGGUCUGUGUGAAAAAUGACAGUUUCCUUUUCAGUCAGUGCACCGUGUGUUCUGUCUGUCGCUCUCUGAAGUGAGGUUUUUAUGCUAAAAAGAUAAAAAACGUUUGGGUGGUUCUUCAGUUAUUCAUAUUUAAAAAGUUGCCAAGUGUUUACAAACUAAUAGUUCAUCGGUUAAUGCAUUUUAUUUCAAUGCAGGAAGGUUUAAAAAGAGAACAGAAACACCUUGACUGGGUUAUUAUAGUGGCCUAUUAGAUGUCAGAAAGUUCCGUCUAAUAACUUAAGGUAGUGUUUUCAUGUCAUCAUACACUGUUCAGUUUCUGGUUCUCUUGCUGGAUCACAGGCACUGUUUUUGAUACUGUUUAGACUAGACGGUGAAGUCUUGUCUCAUAGGUGCAAAUGUGCAAUUCAUAUCUGAUACAUCCAUGUUUGUUCAUGACUAGUUUUGAUUUCAGACUGCAGGUUUGUUUUUUCUUCAUAGCAGUUUGUUUCAUUUCCAUGUUUGUUUUUACGUCUGCAGAGUUUAUUCAGCCUAACGCGUCUUAAUAAGGGAUUAUUCAAAUAAGAAUGUUAAUUAUAUUUUCUUUUGACUUUUGCACCUAUAGUGGAAGAGCAAAGAAGAAACUCAAGAGUAAUAUUUCUAUGUGUUUGGACAUUCAAGUCAAAGAGAUAAGGAGUAAUAUAUUAGUGUCAUUAGGCCCAGAAUGUUUUAUUAGAUUGUAUUUUAAAUUAUAUAUAAUCUAAUUAUCGGAGAUGUGUGUGUGUGUCUGAUGUCACAGAAGAUUUGGGACAAUUCAUAGCGAUGGAAGUGAUAUGUUGCAUUAUUGGGGGCAAACAAAAUAGGCCUGUAAUAUCUGCGAUAAAAGUUACAGAAAUGUUACAGUUUGUUUGUGCAAGGUCAAAUUAAGUGAGCAACACAAAAACACACUGAAUUUAUUCCUGGACAUGUAUUUGAAGAACUCUUUAACGCAACUCGGCACAUACUGUACGACCUGUUACUCUACUGAUCUCUCUGCAUUUACAGUUUUGACAUUGUCCCUUUUCUUACACUUUUUGUAUGGCAACAUAUCGUUUAUUUUACUCUGGAAAUAAAUUAUUUUUCAGAAAAUUAAUUCAA